AAAAACCAAUGACAAACGCAGUUGCAUUACUCACGAACGCAGUUGCAGUGUUAUUAACAAUUAAAUUUUAUAACAAAAAUCAAACAAAAUGGAGGACGUAUAUUUCGCGCCAUCGCUGUUUUUAAAUCAUGGCGGCGGUCCGUACCCCGUUUUGGGUGAGAAGAACAAUUUGGAGAUCGCUGACGCGUUGAGAAAUGUCUCGAAUUAUGUGGAUUUGGGUCGUUUGGGGGCCAUAGUGGUGGUGACGGCGCAUAGGGAGGAGGAUGUGGUCACUAUAUCGUCUGCGGAACGACAUUCCUUGGUCUAUGAUUAUAAUAAUUUCCCACCUGAAUGUUAUAAGUACCAAUAUAACGCGCCAGGCGAUCCAGUAUUAGCGACAAGAAUACACGAAGCGUUCAAAGCCGCGGGCAUCGCGUCCCGAUUGGACGACCAAAGAGGCUGGGACCAUGGCGUCUUCAUACCGAUGAUGUUGAUUCACCCCAAGGCAGAUAUACCCAUCAUACAAGUCUCUAUAUUGAAGAACCAAAACGCGGCACAACAUUACGAAAUAGGACGAGUCUUGUACCAAUUCAGGAAAGAAGGAGUCGCCAUAUUUGGAUCAGGAUUCUCCUACCACAAUGAAGAUGGAUUCCAAAGAGCUAAACGUUGUAAUGAUAGCUUAAUUGAAAAUGUUGAUUUUGAUAGUUUUUUGAAUGAAGUGUGUACUGGGGAUGAGGGGGAGAGAAAGAGAAUAGUGUUUUGGGAGCAGGAGAAGGGGGGGUAUGAGAGUCAUCCUUUGGGAGAGGCUGACCAUCUAAUGCCGCUGAUUGUCAACGCAGGAGCUGGUGGGCCAAAGUGCGGGAGAAAGAUUUUUGAUUCUGUGUACGCAAACAAAUUCAAAAUUAGUGGGUUUAUUUGGGAAUAGAUUAGCUGUGGAUCUCAUGUCCGAAUACUCAAACGCUAGUCAAUUUUAAGACGCUCUCAAAACUAGUUCUGUCCCUAUCAAUUCUUUAUAAAAUGACAGAGAUAGCACGAUAUUUAAGCACAACUUAAAAUUGAGUAGCGUUUCAGUAUUCGGGCGUCAGUCUCAGUAUUAUAAAUAUUUUUAUAUACCUAAUCAUGAUUCAUUCCAUUCUAUUAUAUUUUGUUUUAUAAAAUACUCAUACUCAUUGAAAAUAAAGAACGAU